AUGUUGGUACGUUUAAAUCUCACUGUCCCUGAACUAGAGCAUUUUUUGGGAACAUUACUUGCCAUGUCACUGGUGAAACUGUCAUGCUCAAGAUUAUACUGGAAGGCUAAGCUCAAUUGUCCCCUUGUUUCAGAAGUAAUAACUAGAGAUAGAUGGGAAGAAAUCAAAGCCAACCUCCACUUCAAUGAUAACAGUGACAUGCUGCCAAGUACUUCCCCAAAGUAUGAUAAACUUUUCAAAGUGAGACCUCUGCUGGAUCAUCUUGUUACCAAGUUUCGUGAAAUUCCCAUGCCACAAAGAGUAUGUGUAGAUGAACAGAUGGUUCCAUUCAAGGGUGCAUCUUCUUUGAAGCAGUAUUUACCCAGUAAACCACAUAAAGAUUCUAGCGACCUAGACAUUCCUGAACGAAAAGUAAUGAUGCUUCAGGAAUUCAAAUUGUCACUGGCAGAAUCCCUGCUUCUUGAAGGGAAAAAUCCCAUGGCUAAGAAAAGAGGUCGUCCCUCCUCUAAUGGAGGAACUGCUGCACAGUUUGCAAAGAAAAAGAAAGCUCCCCUGCCACUAAGCCCAUUCCUGCAGGAGUCAGGACAGAUGGCUAUCACCAUUAUCCAGUGGUGA